AUGCCCGGCUAUUGCGACGGUGAGCAACAGAAAAUGCUGCUUCUUCACCGCCAAAUUGAGUUUAUGAGUAAAAAUAUAAACAAUGCAUUUCCAGUUUCAUUCGGAAAUGUUAAUCAGAAUACCUUCUCUCAGGGCAUUUCAUCGUUUGAGCACCGAGAAAGAACAUGCUCUGGGAUAUUCGGAUACGACAACACCCAGUUUAUGAAUCUCCAACACAAGAUUGAUGAAAUACCUUACGAGGCUUCAAAUACAGUGUUUCCUAACGCUCUUCGACAACAGUUCGGGGGAAAUCUCGGACACGCCCCAGAUAUUUUAUCUGGAAACUGGAAGAAUCAAGGCACAGAAAAGGCUGAGUACUUAGAUCUAGACAACUUCCAGCCGUAUGAGAGCAAUGGUAACAUCGUUCACAAAGUGCAAAAUCGAUAUAUCGAUAAGCCAUCACGGUGUGAUUCACAGGGCUAUGAUGUCGGAAUCCACGACAACUACGAUUUUGGGAUCAGUAACCAUAGACCAAUGGCAGCGUUCGAUAUGAGAUUCACGUUUCCCCGUCAACCAAUCGGAGACCAAGGAGGCACGAGCUUAGAAUCUACCACCCUCCCUCGUAAACUUUGUGUGUCUGACCACGGCAGUAUUGAGCAGUGCGAGAGUCUGCUGUGUGCGGUGUGUGGAGACAAGGCUAAGUGUCAACAUUACGGCGUCAGGACUUGUGAAGGUUGCAAGGGAUUCUUCAAGAGGACAGUUCAAAAGAGUCCUAACUACGUCUGUGUCGGGGAUAAGAAGUGUAUGAUUGACAAAGGGAGGAGAAACCGGUGUCAGAGCUGUCGAUUCCAGAAAUGUUUAUCUGUCGGGAUGACGAAGGAAGUUGUGCGAAGUGGAUACCUUAAAGGCCGCCGAGGGAGGUUACCUUCAAAGUCAAAACAUGCCAUUUACUAUUCGUCUCCCUCACAUUCAGGGCAAUAAGAUUUCUUUCGAUGAAAGUAAAAAAAAAGUUUCCACGAAAGGAUCUUGUUGAUAUACAAAACAAGAUCCUUUAAUUUUGGAUUUGUUUGUGAAAAUUUCAUUCUAUAUAUAUCGUGUUGUUAACACAUCGCCUGCAUGAGGCCUGGCUUAAUUGAUUUGAGACAGUUGAUGCAUCUUAGAGGUGCUGUUUCUCAAGAAAGGGUCAUAUUGACCUCUAAUCUACGAUCAUUUCAUACUCCAAUGGAGUUAUAUUGUUGCUAUGCAUUGUUUUUCACAAAAUUCUCUGCAUGAGGCUAACCAAACAGUGACAGUUGAUGACAGAUCUUGGAGAAACUGUUACUCAAAAAUUG